CUUCACUUUACUUAUAUCUGAAAUGAUAAUACAUGUAUAUAAAUUAAUGAGUUAUAAUAUAUGUCACAUAUGAACACGUUUACAAGAAUGUGCGAUUAAGCUAGCGAAGGAUCAUAGCGGCAAAAUAAUAAUAUAGGUGUGACCUUGGUGUAUAUAAAAUGGGAAAAUCAAAGUCAGUCGAUUUUGUCGACGUGCCUCUCUCCAAUUCAACAUUACCAGGAGAAUCAGAUGGGCAGCCAAACAAGUUCUACACCAGUACAAAGUUUCGAUUGAUAAUAGUGAUUGUCGCUAUCUCUAUACUUAUUCUUGGCCUAAUUAUAGGCCUUGCCGUCGAAUCUAAGAAGAACAACGCGUUAAAAUCAAAAGUUCAAAUGCUACAAAAACGCCAGCUACACAAGGCAAGUACCGUUCCGACACAAGUUCCACCACUGAUUGCAUGGCCGUUACAGCUAGGACAACUCACCGUUGACAAAACGUUAUCAUUUUCCCUUCGGAACGGCAGCUCGAUAAAAUCUUCAUGGAAACAUUCGUUUAUUGACUUGUCUGCGUUAACACCGACUGAUUGUUCAAGUAAUGCCAGGUCUCAUUUGUGUUUGGAGUGGGAAAAUGAACGAAAAUUAAACAUAAGCCUGUCACCACAAGCACUAGAUGAUGGUUCAGUUCUCGAAUGUUACAACGUUGAAUGGGUCAGUCAAAGAGAUUCGAGCCAAAUCCUAACUGACUGUUUUAAUGUUGCCACAGCGCACUGGUAUGGCGGUUACGAGGAUUACCAUCAAUACUGGCCGUUCGACAAAAACAUCAUGCCACUCUCACCUUACGUUAGCAAUGACGCGUUUAAAGAGGGCAUAGGCAACGUACUUGAGAGGUAUUUCAUAUCUUCAAGAGGUAUAGGAAUUUUGCUCGACAAUGAUAUUCCUUUAUAUUUUAGUUUAAACAACCCGGUGAAUGGAAGUAUGUGUUUUACUGCAAAAUAUGAGCGAUACCCAUUUUUCAAUAAACACAACAGCUUUCCAAAAUUAAGUUACAAAAUCUGUCAUGCGCAAAAUGUUAAAGACGUUCACAAGAAGAUGUCUGCAUCUUUUAUACAAAGACCAAAAGGAAUUCCGCAUGAGGAUUUAUUCAGAUAUCCAAUAUGGUCUACUUGGGCGCAAUAUCAUUAUGACAUUAACCAGUCAACUGUCCUUGAAUUUACAAACGACGUGCAAAACAAAGGGUUUUCUUGCUCGCAGAUUGAAAUAGACGAUAACUGGACGCCACAUUAUGGCGAUUUUUUCUUUGAUGAUAAUAAGUUUCCUAAUGCCACUAAUAUGAUUGCUAGGAUCAAAGAAAACGGAUGUGCAGUCACUGCUUGGGUUCAUCCCUUCUUUAAUAUCGAUGGAUCUUAUUUCAAAGAAGCAAACGCAAAACAAUAUCUUCUACGACAGGUUGAUUCAGACGUUCCUGUCCUGACGAAAUGGUGGGAUGGAAAUAUGACGGGAGUUUUGGAUGUUUCCAACAAAAACGCCACCGACUGGUAUUUAGACAAAUUGAACAAACUUAAACAUGAAACUCAAUUAGACUCUUUUAAGUUUGACGCAGGCGAACUGUCAUGGCUGCCAAAUAUAUAUGAUGCAUCUGAUUUACCCAACAACCCUUGCGAAAAUUACCCGAAAAGAUAUGUCGAGAUGGCUGCAAGAGCAGAUUUGCACCGACGGCAGGAAGUUAGAAGUGCUUAUAAAACUCAGCAAUACCCUAUCUUUGUACGUCAAAUCGACAAAGUAUCAGCGUGGGGUCAUAACAACGCAUUGGCGUCAAUUAUACCCGGAGCGUUUACUUUCGGAAUACUCGGCUAUCCGUUUGUUCUACCAGAUAUGAUUGGUGGAAAUGCUUAUGAUAGCCGCUUCCCGGAUUCGGAGCUUUUUGUUCGAUGGAUACAGCUGAAUACUUUCCUUCCAAGUAUGCAGUUGUCAGUAGUGCCAUGGGACGAAAGGUUCAACAGUUCAGAUAUAGAUGUAGUACAAAUAGCACGCAAGUUCACCGGACUUCACACGAAUAUCUCAGACAUUUUUAUAAAAUUUGCUAAUCUUUCAGUACUCACGGGAGAACCAAUUAUCAGACCGCUGUGGUGGAUUGACCCUGUUGAUAAGAUAGCACUGACCUGCGAAGACGAAUUCUUAGUUGGUGACGAAUUUCUAGUUGCUCCUAUUUUAAACAAAGGGGCAAGGUUACGCGACAUAUAUUUUCCGUAUGGAUCCUGGCUUGAUAUGUUGCAAGAAAAUAGUACCGUUAUGCACAGUGGACCUAGAUGGGUCAGGAAUUAUUCUGUACAAAUAGAUGAAAUUGCCUAUUUUAAGAAUAUGAAAUGAGCUUAUAUCUCAAACACGCAGAAAUAAUCAGUGUCAGAAAGUACUUAAACAAAGAUUUACAUUCAGGCUUAUUCAUAGCAAAGUUAUCAUGUAUGUACAUUUUAGGUUUAAUGCACCACUCCCCAUUUAGAAA